AUGACAUGGGAUCCAGUCUGCUUAUUGUCGGUCAUCUACAAGCUCCUUAAUAGGAUUGAAAAAGUCUUGGAUGAAGGACAGCCAUGCCAGCGAGCAGGGUUUCGAAAAGGAUUCAGCACGAUUGACCACAUUCACACUGUUUCAAAACUCAUCGAGGUAACACGAGAGUACAAGAUGCCGCUCUGUCUCACCUUCAUAGACUUGAAGAAGGCCUUCGAGUCAGUUGAGACGGAAGCGGUCGUGGAAGCCUUGGAAAACCAAGGCGUCCCUACUCAGUACAUAAAGGUACUUCGAGAGUUGUACAAUAACUUCACGACCGGAAUUUCGUCAUUCUACAAAAACGUCAUCAUUGACGUGAAGAGGGGGGUCCGACAGGAUGACACAAUUUCACCCAAAAUGUUCACAACCACCCUCGAGAACGCAAUGCGAAAGUUGGAAUGGGACGACAUGGGAGUGAAGGUUGAUGAUCGGCGGCUACACCAUUUGCGCUUUGCUGAUGACAUCGUACUGAUAACACCUAGCAUCAGCCAAGCGGAACGAAUGCUGGCCGAAUUCGACGAAACAUGUGGAUGCAUCGGUCUUCAGCUGAAUCUACAAAAGACGAUGUUCAUGCGGAACGGAUGGAUCUCGGAUGCUCCAUUCACGCUCAACGGAACAAACAUAUCCGAAUGCACCAGCUACGUUUGUCUGGGUCGGGAACUAAACAUGAUGAACGACCUGACCCACAAGCUGGGCAGGAGAAGAGCGGCUUGGGGAGUGUACAAGAGCAUCGAGGAUGUAGUGAAGAAGACCAGGAACACCCGGAUCCGUGCUCACCUCUUCAACACCACCGUACUUCCUGCUUUGACCUAUGCUUCGGAAACCUGGGCAUUUCGUAAGCAGGAAGAAAACGCGGUGAGCGUCAUUGAACGCGCAAUUGAGAGAGUGAUGCUAGGAGUACCCCGUUUCACGCAAGUGAGGAGCGGGAUUCGAAGUUCUCUCCUACGUCAGCGAUCGAAGAUUAGAGACGCCGCCGCAUUUGCCAAGGAAAGUAAAAUAAGGUGGGCCGGACACGUGAUGCGCUUUAAUGACAACCGUUGGACCAGAGCCGUGAGCGACUGGGUUGCCCGCGACAUUAAGCGCACUACAGGAAGACCGCCGACCCGAUGGUCUGACUUCUUCACGAAGUCCUUGAAAGAAAAAUAUGAUGCUCUUCGUGUCCCACGCGAAAGGAGGAACCGCUGGGCAACUCUGGCAUGCGAUCGGGACAAAUGGAAGAAUUACUGGCGCCCGCUCGACCAGUUCGAAGAUCAGCGGGAGUCAAGGUGA